AGUACAGCUGAGAAAACCAAACCCCAAAGCCAACUCCGAUCUUCAAUUCAGCUAAAAGCCCCAAACCCAAACUACCUCAUCUAUAUCAUAUCCCGCCGGCCGGGAAUAGAUUAUGUUUCUAGUCCGGUCAGUCAAAUCAUCAUAUAUAUCAGCUUAGCUGGCUAGCUAGAGCUUGAAUUGACCAUGGAUUUCAAUUAUCAGUUCCGUAACCAAAGCAAUAAAGAUCCGGAAGAGCACGACGGGGAUGUUAAUGACGCCGGUGGCGGCGAAUCCAAGAACAACGGCGGGUUGUUGUCUGAAGCUGCCGGGGAAAUCAGCCGGAGGCCGCGUGGGAGGCCGGCCGGAUCCAAGAACAAACCCAAACCCCCCAUCAUCAUAACCCGGGAUAGCGCCAACUCGCUCCGGACCCACCUCAUGGAAAUCGCCGACGGGUGUGACGUCAUGGACAGCGUCGCCGCCUUCGCCCGGAUGCGCCAGCGCGGCGUCUGCGUUUUGAGCGGAAACGGGAUUGUGACGAACGUAACCCUCCGGCAGCCGGCCUCGACUGCCUCCGCCGCCGUCAUCACCUUGCACGGCCGGUUCGAGAUCUUGUCCCUGUCCGGGUCCUUCCUGCCCCCGCCGGCGCCGCCAUCUGCCACCGGGUUGAGCAUAUACUUGGCGGGAGGACAAGGGCAGGUUGUCGGCGGCAGCGUUGUCGGGGCUCUUCUUGCUGCCGGGCCCGUCGUGAUCAUGGCGGCUUCGUUUAGCAACGCCGCCUACGAGAGGCUCCCGCUGGACGAAGACGAGCCGCAGUACCAGCAGGGAGGAGGAAUGGGGUCUCCGGCGGCGGCGGGAGGCGGGCCGCAGCCGCAACUUCAUCAGCAAUUACUAGCGGAUCCGUCCAUGUUUCACGGCGGCGUGCAGCCCAAUCUCGCUAACUCUAUCCAGAUGCCAACUGAGGCGGGUUAUUGGAGUGGCGGUGGAGGCCGCCCUCCGUUCUGACUUGCCGGCCGCCGCCGCAUUAGCUCGGUUAUCCUGAUGGGUAAUUCAGUAAAAUCCUCCUCUCAUCACUUGCUUCACUACCUAGGAAUUAUUACCUUUUAAACUCAUCCAACGCUGUUAGCUAAGAUCAAGGUAAAAAAACACAUUUUGCGCGCGUUUGUUGACCAUAGAUUUCAUUUCUUUUCUUGCAUGUUUUGUUACUUUUAUUUUAUUUUUACUGUUACGAGUAUAAUUUAUUCCUCUUUGAUUGUACUUUCAUCUUGAAUUCAUUACUUUCUCAGCUUAUAAUGCUUUACUCAAUUAUAUUGUGAGACUUUGAUACAUGAGAUUGAAAUAUGAUG